UUCACCACGGUCGCGGGGAUAGGGAACCUGGUUAUCAAGAUUUUUCUUGGGUUGAUGGUGGACCGAGGUUGGCUGAAGCUACGACUGGCCUUGCUAAUUUCAAUCAUGACAUGUGGCUUGGCUCUAUUCACACUUCCUUGGGUGAACGCCUAUUGGUUGUUGAUUUUCAACGCCUUCAUUUUCAACGGUUUCAUUGGAGGGCAAGAAUCGCUUGGCGACAUAUACGCCCGGGAACUGCUGGGAGCUGAGGAACUCGUUACUGCUUUCAGCUGGAUGGAUCUCCUCUCGGCCAUUAUUCAUGUCGCUUUUGGGUUUGUCCCAGGUUGGAUAUUUGACCAGACUGGGAGCUUUGACAUAGCUUUUGUCCUCUUGGGAUUCAUCUCGCUUCUGCCGUUGGUGUCGCUCGUCCUGGAAAAGCUACUCAACCGACGGAAGGAGUGACAUGAA